AUGGCAUUCAUACAUGAUAUCUGCGGUGCAAAAUGCUCGGAAAUUGAUGUAAUGUGUGUUCCCAUUGAAGGAGAUGGUACUCCGAAGGAAGUGAUUUUGAAGAGGUUGGGAGAUGAUUGCUUUAUGGGGGAUAAGUUUAUACCAAACAGGAGUUUGAUGAAUCUUGAUCAAGCCAACAAUUAUGAGGGAUCUGGUCUUGAAUCUCUAACGAUCGCAUCUUUCUGUCUGAUCGGAGGUGUGCAGAAAGAAGUUGGAAUUCUGGAUGCACCAAAAAUAAAAGAUUACUACUAUGUGAACCUUAUGGAUUUGGGAAAGAAUAAUGUUCUUGAUGUCGCAUUGGGUUCGACACUAUACUUCGGAACGCAGAGAACAAAGAUGCAAGGAAACUGGAGGAAGUUCAAGGUGGCAAUGCCUACCCAACAAGUGUCGCCUGGUCUGAGAAUGCCAGGAAUAUGUGUCCACGGCUACGGUGAUCCCAGAGUUCAAAACCAUCUACGCUUGUGGAAGUACCUUUCCAUGGCUAAAGUAGGGGAAAUAAAUGACCAUGAACGCAGAUUCUCAGGUUUGGCAAUUACCCAAAGUUCUGAUGGAUUAACUGUUGUACCAGCUGGAGAGGAUGAGACUCUACGCUUCAGGUAG